AUGAGCUCGCCGUCGUCGCUACGGUGCUCCUCCAGCCACACAACCACCGUGCUCACAGGCCCUUGGCCCCGCCUGCGCCCGCGCGUGGCCUGGUCGCACGCCCGCUCGCCCGCUCACCGCGCCUCCCGCUCGCCUUUCCGCAGCCGCGCCGGACCUUCCCUGCUCGCGCGUCCAAGCCCCGCCCCGCGGCUCUGCUCCGCCAGCGCCGCCGCCCGUGCAGACCACCGCUGCCUCGCGCCACCGCUGCCUGUCGCCCCUGCGCUGCUUGCGCUCUCGCGCGCCUCGUCUGUGCCGCGGCCCCGCACCCUCGCCCCCGCACGCGCCCACGACCGCGUGUGGCCGACGCUGCCCGUCCCCUGCUGCGGCUCUGCUCCGGCCAAGCCGCCGCACGCCGUCGCUCGCCCCGCCUCCGCAGCUCCAACGCCCGCGCGCCGCCGCCCCCUGCGGUCGCCUCCGCCUGCCGCGGUCGACCGGCGAGCCUCGCCCCGCCGCGCCGGGCUACGGCCUCCGCCAGCGCUCCCUGUUGCCCCGUUCGGGUGCACGGGCGCCCACGCCCGCAGCGCCCGUUAA